AUGGCAAAUGCAAAGGUCAACAAACAAAUCACCUCCUUUGCGGAUGCAACGCGGGUAACGCCCGUACCUGGCACGGACGACCAGUUCGAGGCGACUAUCCACUGGGAUUGGUGCGGCGGGUUACAUGCCCACGGCGGCUUCACGCUCAGUCUCAUCUUCUCCACCGUCCGCACGUACUUCCUCCGCAAAUACCCAUCCACUCCACAACCAGACCCCAUCAACAGCAACAUUCACUUCAUCCAGCCCGCUCCACGGGGUCGCGUCAUCCUCACCGUCACGGAAUUGAGUCACGCAAGACGCUACUCUACCGUCGAAGUCAAACUCCGCGAUCCGGCUGGCACAAUAUGUACGUCCGCAACGGUUAUACAGGGCAAUCUGGCGACGGAAGAUGGACCCUCCAUGGCGGUUCCACCGGUGAUGACGCACGAUGAGAUACCGGAUAGGGAACGUUGCGACCAAUGGUUCAGAAGUCCGUUGUUGGUCAAGCUCAUGCCUGUGAUUAGCAAGAUGCGUGUGCUCAAGCGGAAAGAGGCCAAGACGCAGGUUUGGAGCCGGAAGGGUGCUGCAGGGUUGAAUACCAAGGAGACCUGGGUGCGCUGGGAGGAUCUGGAUCAGAAAUUGGAUGUGAUUAGUUUGGGGGUUGUGGGGAUACAGUUCCUCCCUGCCCCUCUCAAUUUCGAUCCUACGAUGGCUGAUCUCAGCAAAUACGUCUUUCCUACGAUGUGUAUGUCCGUUGAGAUUAAGAAGGACCCGAAAGACGCCGAGUGGCUAUUCCUAGAGAUCGUGUGCCACAAGAUCCAGAAUGGACGGUAUGACACUGAUGUGCGCGUGAUGGAUGAGAAUGGUGAUCUCGUAGCGUUGAGCAAACACGUUUCCGUCAUGGCAGAAAUGAAACGUACGAAAGCUAGUAAAAUUACAGUUGGUGAUGAAUUUGCUAAACUGUGA